UGCUAUCUGUUUGGACGAGAAAGAAAGGUUGCAGACAUUCCGAUCGAUCAUCCCUCUUGCAGCAAGCAGCACGCGGUCAUCCAGUACAGGCUCAUCGAGAAAGAAGUGGACGGACUUAUGUCGAAAAAGAUCAGGCCCUACGUCAUGGAUCUGGGAAGUACCAACAAAACCUUCUUGAAUGGAGAAGCGAUCGAGCCUCAACGUUACUACGAACUUUUUGAGAAGGACACUCUCAAGUUUGGCAACAGCAGCCGCGAGUACGUUCUUCUUCACGAAAACUCAGCAUAGAUAACGUCUCUAAGCCAAAUUUUCUAACAUCUUCGCGAAGAAGAGAAGCAAUGAUUCCAUCCAACGGCUGUGGUGAGCGUUCGAUCGGACCGCCAGGUGUUGAUGCCCGCGUUCGAAUCCUGCGGUCACCUCAAUUUAGGUCUCCAUUCUUAUUCAUCUCCCCCAUUUUUUCUCUUUCCAUGAGAAAAAAAGAGAGCAGCGAGAAGCCAUGUCCAAUGACAAAGUGACGGUCAGCAAGGAGCAAAACGAGAAGCACAAGAAGAUCUUGGAGGCUUUGAUGAAAUUGCCAGAUAACAGGGAAUGUGCUGAUUGUCGAAGCAAGAGCCCGAGGUGGGCGAGCAUCAACCUUGGAAUUUUUAUCUGUAUUCAAUGCUCUGGAAUUCAUCGGGGUCUGGGAGUUCACAUUUCCAAGGUGCGAUCGACUACUCUUGAUACAUGGCUGCCGGAACAAGUCAAGUUCAUGCACGAUAUGGGGAAUGUAAGAGCGAACAAGUAUUGGGAAUCAGAGUUGCCACAAAAUUUCAAGCGCCCUCAAGAAAACGAUCGAGCAGGACUAGAAGCAUUUGCGCGUGCCAAGUACGAUGACAAGCGUUUUGCAGCCAAAGGUGUUCCUCAGCCCCAACCGGCCGCUGUUUCAAACGAAACCAUCGAAAGCUUGGGAGCUGCUCCCAGAGGCGGGAGUCCAAAUCAAAAUCCGCAAAUCGCUGGUCCGCAGCAUAUUGUGGCUUCUGCAUCAAGUCCUCCAAGAUUUGCUCCUCCACCAGCAACAGUGACUGCUCCACCACCAAAAGAAUCACCGUUCAACACGACCUCUCACAGGGAGUCCCAGGAUUGGGCUGUCUUUCAAACGGCCGAUACCCCUCCAUUACGUCAAGUCAGCAUCGGUCCCACUGCCGAAGGCAAGCAUCAAACUGACGCGAGGCGAAGCAUCACGAACAUGUUCAAGAAUGUAAGUGCGCUUUCAAACUUGUCCUCGUCGAUCACGCCUCGCGUUUCUCCAGUGUUACAAGGUGAUCAACUAAACAGCACUAAGCGCACACAUACCUUAUCUAAGUUCUACUCUUUUCAACAGACCGGAGCGUCCGUUCCACAGUCGCCGAAUUUGACAAGCUUCCCUCGAGGGGCUACAAAUGCUGUCGGCAGCCCGGAGCGUCCACACAAUCGAGCCACAUACGGGGCCACCUCCGGUCCGGUCCCCGCUCAAGCACCAUCUGGAGCACGCGCUGAAAGAUCCGGCCUCGUGACUCAACUGGGAUCCAAGUCGCCCGAGUCACUCUCGGCGGAAGAAUUGUCUUGGCAAUAAGCUCAGCUAAGUUGUCGCUGCUCUACACUCCCAAGCUCUUCCUCUCUCUCCUGCCAGAAGUUUACAAGUUUGAGAGGAUUAGUCUCACAGAGGACAUCUCGCUUUUUCUUCCAGAAGUUUGCAAAGUCGAGUGAUUCGAUUCUCUUGUCUAAAUCUCCCACCAGUGGAAGGCUUUCGUUUUUCUUUUUUUUCUUUCUUUCUUUCUUUCUUUUACAGCACAUUUCGUGUACACAUUUCUACGGUUUUUUCCUGGCAGGAUAACUAUUCCAAACAUGUCUACCCCUGUGGAGAAAGUAAGA